AUGAGAGAGUGGGCAGGAGCCGACGGGCUUAGUGGUGGCAAGGAGGAGGAGGAGGAGGAGGAGGAGGAGGAUCAGGAGGAUCAGAAGGAGCAGGAGCAGGAGCGGGGGAGACGCAUUGAGGAGUCGUAACAACAAAUGUGGUGACACAAGGAGUUAAUGGCUGUGCUGGAAAUAGGUGAAGGAAGCGAAUGAAGCUGGCAAGGAGGUGGCCUAUACAAGCUUCAUGAUGAAUGAAGAGCUUUCUGCUGUUAUUGCAGAGAAGCAAAAUAUUGGGCUACUUCCACCGUCUGGGACUUCAGCUAGGGAGACAGGACGGAGCAGAAGCUGUAAAGAUUGAAAGUGGAACGAGUGGGGCUUUGUGAAGCCGGCCAUCUGAAUGUGCCAUGCAGUCGAGAGAGAGAGAGAGAGAGAGAGAGAGCGCGUCAGAUAUGAAUGUAAAAUACGUUCCUCUUGUCGUAAAAGGGUGUACACUGUCAUCACCCGACCAUUUCGGUAGUUGGGCUCGAGGAAAGUUGGUGUUCUCACAGGCUUAUCGAUUUGCCAGGAUCUUGCAGUUGUUGGGGCAGUGGUUGUACUCUGAGAUGCCAAAAUCCUCAUUCAAAUUAGCAGGAUAAGUCAGAAGAAACCAGAAUGAGAGGUUCAUUGUGUACAGAAUCUGGAAUUUCUGUCUCAAGCGGCAGUGACUGUGGUGUUAGCUGAUUUUAUAGAAUUUUAGGAGAAGGCUCAUGCGCCUUGUGUCCAAGUGGCGUUUUACAUUACCCGGGGGUGGUGUGUCUGCUGUUCUGUGUUUUAUUCGCUGGGGACAUGGACAACUGUGACCGACUGAAUACACAUGUGUGCGCGUGUUGCAGCCGACUAGAAUGAAGAGUCAGCGCGUAUGGGACCUCUCACUGGGAAGGUGUAUGACCUUUACGCGGUAGGGCACUGAACAAGGACACUGGGCGGCCGCUCCAGAAGACGGUGCGCCCGACACCCACCUCCUCCGGUUGGCCUUGUUUAGAGAAGCCAGCCUCACUGAGUGCGGACCCACCCCAGCAGCCCGUAGUGUGCGGAGGGGAGAUGGGGACGGGGGGUUGUUGUUGUUGUUUUUGAUGUUGUUUAUUUCAGUGUUCCGACCGUGAGUUCUGUGUUGUAUUGGCCGAGGAAUGACAUGCUCAAGUGGGGCGUGGACGACUGUGCCCGCCCGAAUGCGCGUGUUUCAGUCGGCUUGAAUGUGGGGUCAGCGCGUCCGGAACCGCCUUGAGGCAGUGGUGCGUUGAAAAAAGACGCCGGGUAUCGUAAUGACAACAAUCGGCCGCGAUCCCCAAAUUAAAGGCCACGGCUUUCAAAUGAAAAUUCACAGUCCCAGUUGCCCGCGCUCCAGGCCAUCCGACGCCCAUGAGCCGACCGCUGGACUAUCUGGACCCUGGCAUGCUAGACUAAUUAGGAUGACUGCAUCCACCUGGGCGGGCAGCGUCGGAUCCUCAACGAGGCUCGACAACAAUGACGGCGGCGAUCGAUACGCGCGAGUCAUCAUGCAGACACGGUGUGGUUAUGCAGGCUGACGCAAGGUGGGCUAGGCCAGAACGUUUGAGGCAAGACAGGAAAACCGGCGCCUGAUCAUCUGGCGCCACAUUAAUUGCACGAAGAUUGUGUAAACUCGUGUCGGUGAAGAUUGCCAGUGACCCUUCCCACACAACCACCGACUCCCCUCCCCCAACAUUUGUCAAACACUCGUCCACUGGCUCUUUACGUCGGCGCUUUCCACGGCCUCACUCUGCAGCUGCCCACAGCGCUGAAUUCCCCACCUACUUUCUGCCCAUGCCGACGCAUCAUCCACCUGGCCUGACUCAUGUCUUUCCUUGUAUCAUUCAUCGUUUCACGAUAUGCUAAAGUCCUUAUUCCCAGUAUAUACACACACAUAUAUAACCGAGAUAGUAUGGAUUACGAGCUGAUGAGACUCCUUGGGGAAAUUUUUUAGUUGUGCUCGUGAAAUUUCACGUUGGCGACACCAACUCUUCCUCAGACGAAAUAAAUAGGACAGAUGUGGAAUUACCAGGCUGGAGCGUUUGGGAUCAUGGACGCGACGUAACCGGAGUACGAGUUCGUGAGAGGGCGGUACAACGCUACGAUCAGUGUCAGAUUGGAAAGGGGUGCGGUUGCGUCCCGCUGUGUCACAGGCGGAGGGAGAGGGAAGGUAGCGGGUCAGUGAAGCUUCAGACAGAUUAAUUGUGGUUACUGUAGAAUGGAUACUGAGACUUGGCAAGUCAUCCACAGAGAUUUUCGUAGCGUUUGCGUUGGCCACACAAAUCCUGAAAUACAGUAAAUGUGCUUCCUCAUGAAAUGUUAAUCGCGACUCUGAAAUGUGCUUUCAAUUCGGGAAGAUUACCUAAGUAGGGUUGCCAUGUUAAUUUUCGUGUUGCAUAAUGUCAGGGUAAUCCAGUCACGUCAGGAUGCCGGUUCUCGAAGGAGUUUUUUAUUGACCGCCUGCGUUAGCUGCGCUCCGCAAAAAAAUACCGUUUAAGGAGCAUGAAUUUUCCCAAUAUAUUCUCGAUGCUCUUAAAAAUUUUAAUAUAUUUUAUAUAAAACAUUCGCAGAGAUAUUCUUCUUUUUAUUUAUUUAGUAUAAAAUUACGUCUCCUUUAAAUUUUAUGCUUGAAGGAAGAGCAUCUGACGGUUUUAAAAGUUGAUGAUUAUAAGAUUUUUCAAAACCGUGAAAUUCCCAACCAUACGGCAUCGCACUAACACAUUUAUUAACGCAGUCUAUCAAGAGGACAACAUGGUUUAUAUCCAUUACAAAAUUUUAUGAGCGCUAUAUGUCCUCUUCAUAAUAACAUAUAGAAAUACAUUAUUUUCCUUACAUGGAAAGUAUACAGUUUCUAAUUUGGGAACCCUGAAUGCGAGUGUAGCGGCUGGUCGAGUCCAACAUUUUGGAAUCGAUACAGUUUUUUAACCGAAAAACACUCUUUCUUCAAGCAUAACAUCUAAAAAGAUGUAAUUUGCCAUAAAAAGACAAUCUGACAAGCAUACGUAAGAUUUAUAUAAAUUCUCUUCAGGCCUGUACAUUUAUAUUACUAUCGAAAUUAUUAAUAAGAAAAUGCGGGUAAGUAGAAAUUAUUCUGUAGCUAGGGUUUGUGGGGAGGGGCUGGGUUGGUGAGAUGAAAAACAAAUUACCGUCACCGCGAGGGCAGAAGGGAAUGGUGGGCACUGGGACGGGUAAUUACACGCGGGUGGCUGGCAUGGUGGUUUUGGCCCAUGGUAACUGUGGGGCCUGUACGAAAUUCUUUUGUGCACAUGGAAGUGGUUUGUAUAGCCUGAUUGCAGCCGCCUCUGCAGUUUCCAACGCCCGCUGUCCAAGUGAUUUUGGAUAGCCUGACGGGACCUUGCAAAUCACUUGGAAUGCCCCUCCGGCAUCUACACAGUGAUCCGUGUCUAUCGCGUGGGCGAGGAUAGAGCUGUUGAUGUUCUUUAUUUAGUCAUCAAAUGAAUAGAGGAGAGAGUAUUUUGUGAAGGUUUUUUUAAAAAUAUGUUUGAAUUUGUGAGGGCAUCGAAAAUCAGUGGGGAAAAUUCAUGCUACUUAAGCAGUAAUUUUUUACGGAACGUAAUUAGCACAGGCGGUCGAUAAGACGCUCGUUGGAAAGCCGGCAUUCUGGGGCGACUGGAUUGCCUUGGCAUUAUGCAGCACGAUAAUUAACACGACAACCUUACUUAGGUAAUGUUUUCGAACUGAAAACAGAUUUCGGAAUUUUAGUCUACAUUUUAUGAGAUAGCACAUCUACCGUAUGUGACCGCAGUUCGAGAACUAGCAUUGUUAAUGUUUGCAGUAUGUCGCGGGUGUUGCCGAAAGUUCAAAGGCCACUUGGCUGUAUAUGAGUUUCAGAUCGGGAUGUUCUGCGAAUGUAUUGUGCGCCGUAGAAGCUUUCUAAUGAAUAUUAGCUCCGGAAAGUCUUAUUUGGACUUUCACCCUUUCUGACUAGACACUGGCGUGUGUUCUAACUAAUAGUUGCUGACUGGAGUCAAACCCAUGCCAGAAUAAACUAUCUUCAUUUCGCCAUGAUCAAUGAUACGGAGUAAGCCCCGUGAAAUUUCAAGACAAUAGGCGCUUGUUUAAAUCGUGACUGCUGUAGGCGGAAUCAGGAGUGCAUGACGCAAAUGGGCGAGAAUUCCAAAAAUUGGUACAGCCAGUGGAGAUGUCACCUCAUUCCGCCUUUAAGGUUUGGAUUUGCCAACCGGCGUGGACUUUAUGCUGUUCCGUGUUGAGGAUAAAAUCCUUCCUGACACAUAUUCUUCAAAAGACAAUUUGGCGAGCAUACGUCUACUUUCGAUAAAUGCUCUUCAGCUCUGUACAUUUCUAUGGCUAUUGAAAUAAAGAAUGAAGCGUUGCGAUCAGGUAGAUAAUUAUUCCGUCGCAUGGGUGUGUGUGGGGGAGAGUGAAGCAGCAGAAUUUCAGUCAGUAACAGGGGUAUGGUGGGCACCGGGGCAGCUAAUCACAGUAGAUGUGCUAACUCACGAAAUAUUGAUCGAAAUUCUGAAAUGCGUUUUCGACCCGAGAAUAUUACUUAGGUAGGGUGGCAGUACUACUUGCCGUGCAGCAAAAUCCCGGGCUAUUUCAAUUACUUAGGGACGCUGGCUUUUGAAUGGGCUUCUUUCCGGCCACCUACAAAACCUAUACUUCAUAAAACACGGCUACUUAAGUAGUAUGAUUUUUUCUGAUUGAUUUUCGAUGCCCUUAUAAAUUCAAAUAUAUUUCAUCGAAAACACGCGCAAAAAUAUCUCUUCUCCUACUCAUUUGGUAGACAAUUAUGUCUUCAGAUUUUGCGCUCGAAAUAAGGGAAUAAAUUGGUUUUGAAAAAUUUUUAAUUGUGAUAUCUUUUAAGACCAUGAAAUAUUAGUUCAUAAAGCGUCCUGUCUCUGCAUUUAUUAAUGUUGCUUGUAAAGUUUACAAUAUGGCUCAGGUCCACUGUUAAAUUUCAUGAACUCCAUAUGGUCUCCACGUAGUACAGAAUAGAAAUUUGUGCUUCUCCGUACACGGAAAAUACACAGCUUACAGUUUGGAAAUCCUGAAUGAAAUUGUAAGGGCGGGUCGUGUUCAAGAUUAUUCAGGAAUCGGAAAAGUUUCUUAAAACCGAAUUAUACCCUUCCUUUAGGUAUGAAAUUUGAAGAAAACGUUAUUUCUACGAAAACAAUUAUCACUUCUGCUGGGAAAUAAUUUUGCUUGGACAAGACUGAGAUAUAACCACUCCACUUCUCCCCUGCCUUUCCCCUGAAAUUCAUGCCUGCAUGGUUGCUACCUACCUUCGUUGAAUAAACGUCUGCAUUUGACUAUCGGUUUCAUAAAUGAUACUUUGGGCAGUAUGUUCCCCAUAUUCCUUUCCCUGGACUACAGUGGUCCAGUCGACAUUUAGCUAUUUACCCUGAAAAGGCCAUAUUUGAAAGUAUACCCACCUUACGUAUUUGUUUGUUAUUAAUGUACGCCAUAAAACCGCAGAAAAGGAAGGCGUACUUACGUCAUGCGACAACAUAAUGUGGAUUCACUUCUAUUUAUAUGGUACAAUACCCAAUGAUAAUUACGUGUGUGGUUAAAUGCAUAAGGCUCGGUACUUAAACAGCUCAGAGUUUGGUACGAGAUACGCAGUUGAGAACUGUGUGCAUUCCCACCCCCAAUGCACGGAAUUCCCAUUCCCCACACCAGACAACCGACCGGAUCGGACAGUGGCUUGGGCCUGGGAAUAGGAAUAGAGAGUGAGGUUGACAAGUAAGUGCAUUUUCCUCACCAUAAACAAUGUGACACGCUUAAAAGCUAUCACGGUGCGCUAAAGGCCGUGGCUUGGAGGACUACCAACUGACUGGAUAGCUUGGGCCUCGCAGUCGGCCUAGUGUUGUGUGUUUGUGCGGAGCGGCUGACUGAUGGACUGAGACUCAGGCUGUAGUGGCUCCUUCCUAUGGCACUCCUGCCUAGUGGGAUCCAUGCUGCCUCACUCUUCUCUUGUUGUACGUGAAAUCCUGGCCAUGUCUUUGUUGUGGACUACGGGGUGCGGUGGUACGCCUAGGUGAGGGUUUUCGUCGUGCCAAUCACCUGCGCCCUCUCCCACCUCCGGUCUUCUUGACUUUGUCUUGACACUGAGCCCAGGUGGGGGAGGAGGAGAGGGCAUGGUAGAUGAAGCGUAAGUCCAUUGUCAUUAUAAACUAAUUCACACGCAGGUCACCGUCCCUGAUCUCACUCCGCUGUGGAGCGCAUGGUGAACGUCGUCGAAAUCGACGGUUGAACUGUCAAUAUUAUCUGGAGUUGGCUUUGCUGAUACCGUCCCCGCCGGCAUUAUGAACCGCAUGCAAAGAUGAUUAGGGGUUGGUGUUGGGUUUUCGGCGUCUGCAGUGUACAGUGCGUCCUGGGGGGGGGGCGAGUUAAGGGGAGGAAGUGCUUAUAUUUCAGUCUCACCCUUACCUGUCCUCGUUUUGGCAUCCAUGAGAUGGUCAGGCUAGGCCUAGUUUGCACAUCAUCGUCAGCCCGAAGCUCGGAGCAGAGUUUAUGUGGUUAGUGAGUAAGCAAUCUACCACAAGCUGCAGCAUCAGGCAACAGUAAACGCCCAUUUUGCUCCUGUGUUCUACAUAGGCCGGGUAAAAGCGCUUUCAGGAGACAGGGAAAAGUGUCCGAUGGUUCGCGGAUCCCAAGAGCUGACUUCCCUCGCCAUCUCACGAAGUAAGAGUGCGUGGAGUUAUUUUUAGUAGUGAAGCAAGCCCACGCCACAUCCAGCAUGUCUUCUAGUCCCACAUCUACAACGUUUUGAAGGCAGGACAAAGUAAAGGUAACCGCAGGUGGGCGUGGACACAGUGGAUGAGAAAGACAGUUCGUCCAUGCGCGCCCCAUUGAACCUUGUGCCUAAAUCUGUACACACAGACUUCGGUGAGAGGAACUCGGACCUCAUAUGGGCUAGAGUGUUAUAAAGGCCACAUUAAAAAGAGGUCAGUGUAGUCAGAUUCGCAAUCAUAAGUGUAAUUGAGUAAUCCCAUCGGUUUGCGUCAUUCAAGACAACAGCCGUGUGCAUGUCGAGAUGUUGUACAGUGCAUGCAGUCGGCACUGGACAGGAAAAGAAGCGUAGCAUUCGGGCCGAACUGUCUUCAUGCGCUCAUGCACACGACAGUUUGGCUGUCGAUCUCGACUUUGUUCACCGUGUGCCCCACAACAGGGUAAGGGCAGGGACGGCGAUUUGCGCGUAAUUUAGUUUAAAGUGAUAGUAGACAAGCACAGCAUCUACCGCGCUACCUCCUUCGCACCCACCUGGACCCCGUGACAAGAGAGAGUCAUGAAGACCGGAAGCGGGAGAGAACGUAGGUGGCUGGCGCGGCCGGAGCCGCCCCUAGUCCUACCACAAAAACCCCUGGUCCACAACAAAACUUGAUCAGGAUUUUAAACAACGACAAAUGUGGGAGGAGGGAGGGGGCACCUGGGAUCCCGAUUGGCGUAGCGCGAGCCUGCAGCUGGGCCUGACACCACAUCCCGAAUGUUGGCGUCUGUUAUGGGUGUGCAUUGCCGAUAACGCCUGACGGACUCCGAUCCGGUCCCCGUCUUGGUCCAGCGUAUAUACCGCGUGACGCGUUUGAUGAGCACAAACACACCCGCUCUCGCUUUCCCUCUUUCUCUUCCCCCUGUGCCAGUGGCCUGUUAAGGUCAAACCGACUGAGGUGAUUGACAGUGAUUGACAGGAACUGGAGCCGCUGUCUGACGAGUGCCCGACACGGAAUACCAUCUCACAGAAGUCUGAUAUGUCAUAGAGUUCACAUCAACAAGGAACCACUGCAAUCUGACCCUCGUCCCAAGGGAGGACCAAAUUGACGAGCCAGCCACGACAUUUAGCCAUCUUGGUAGUUCAGAUGUGUCAGCGUUAGUGCGGUGACGAACGCGCAGAUUUGCCAUAGAGAAGGGUGCCGCUGGGUCGACCCUGCUUCCUCUUCCCUGCGGCCGCAUGCGCUAGUGGCCUGUCCAGACCUGUUGAACGACUGGUGGUGAAAAUGAGUGCGAAAUCAGCAUGAAGAUGCGGCAUCGACUGCGGCAUUUACUCCUAACGCGGACUCUGCCGCAGUUACUAAUUGGCCACAACAUAUUUCUUACCCAGAGCGAUGUAGACGGGAGGGUUGCAGUGGUGUCAGGAAGUGUAGACUUCCCAGAGGGAGGGGGGAUUGACAGCUCGCACGCGUUGCACACUAUCAAUUCACUGUGGCGGGGGGGGGAGGGAGUCUGCGCUAAGCUCUGGAAGGUGGCCUCUUCUCCAAACCUUACCCCGGUCAUCACGAUUGAGGAGGGCUUAGGAGGUAUACAAGCACGCCUUACCGAACGAGUGCAGUUAUUGAUCAGUAAUUAGCUCCAGUAGUGCGGAUUAUUGUCACCCCGUCUUUCGGUGACAAGAAGGACUGAACGUUAAUCCGACCCAUACGCAUGAGCUGCCGACGACUUGCGCGAGUGGCGGUUUGAAUUGUGGAUCUGUGAUUGGACAUUUUUGAAGAAUCAGCCUUCAUUUUGCGCGAUCGAACAGCGACAACCUUCCCUGAGGCGUAUUAUUGCACUUGCUUUGUUUCUGCCAAUUCGGGCUAAACCAACACCAUGCUGUAAACGUUUUAUCUGCCAUAACAGUUGCGACGCACCACUGAGUCCUUUAAAAAGCGAAUUUGUUCACGUUGGCUUGUCGAAGUCACUCUUCUUCAGUCUGUUCCAUGACAGGUGCUACUUGUCGUUUCGUAAACAAAAAAUAGCCUACAAACUGCACAAUUGGGUGUGUUCCCAGGACAUGCGUCGUUUAACCUCUUUUGUGAAGUCAACCCUGCCUGGCUCAACUGUUUAGACCUUCGCUCACGCCUCAUGGAGCCGACUGCGCAUCCCUGAUGCACGAAGGCUGCAACUCUGAGUCGGCGCCCUGGAGUUAGAGGCGCUGUCAUUUGCGUCAACUCCCCGAUCCGAAUUUUCCUCGCAGGAUUCUGCGAUCUUUCAGCUCCCAGCAAAAAAACCUGCAUUUUUAUGGUAGGAUGGGGAACUGAAGCCUAGUCUUAUGAAAAAAAGGCAGGACUGACUUACGUGGAUGUCUAAGCAGGGCAUGAGAACAGGAACCAACUGCAAGACGGGUGGCUUUGUGCCGACUUCCAGGGAAAUUAGGGUCAGGUUUAAGGUCAAAUUAAGGAUUAGGUUUAAGUUUAGAUUUACGGUUAAUGGUAACGUAAUCCAGGUUCAAGUUUAGGGUUAAUGUAGGGGCUAGUGUUAACUGAAGAGUUAAGGUUUGGUGUAGAGUUAGGGUCAAGAUAAGUGCAACGGUUUAGUGUUAUUGUAGAUUUCUUGGUAAAUUUAGUCGCGCAUAUAAGCCAAAACAGAUUUCGGUGUACAUACGGUACUACUGAUAGAAUAAGGUAAUAAUAAAAACGUACAAACCUCAACAAUGAUACCCUAGACAAAGAAUUCCUUUGUUACUGUUCGAGCAAAUCGAAUUCCCAGCUCCAGGCCAGAACACAAAAAACGCCAAUCACGUUCGAAAGAGGGUUACAAAAAGGGGGGAAGGGGAAUGUCAGCAGGGACCAAAUGUGGAAGCACUUGCGAAGAGGGUGCGGAGAAUUCCAAGCGUUGACCAGCUGGAUACAACACUAAUAUCAGGGUUAUUGUUUGGGUUAGGACAGGGGAAUAUUUUGCCCUUUCUAUAAUUAUACGCAGAUCCGUCUUUGUCACGUAAGCAGGGCGUUCCUUAUUCCAUGUUCUGUUUAGAGGGCCACAGAAGUCAAUCCCGCCAAAAAAAAACUCGAAACGAGCAACAGUUGGUGAACGGGAUGUGUAGUUUUAAUUUCGCAGUCUGCAUGCCAUGGUGACACAAGGGAGGUCCAGGUGUUGUAAUUCUACUGGUUAUCUUCCGACCACAACGUCUUCGUUACAUCCGUACAUAUUCGUUAUCCUUUAUAUUGGAGAGGGGGGGGGGACAAAAGUUAAUCACCAAAAUGUCCUUCUUUUUAGUGUUACUACCCACCACUCCAGUCUUCGCAACCUCCGUAUUCAGCAUGGAUGUAGACCAGCAGUUCAAGACGCACAACUUGAGACGGACGUGUGAGAGGGCCCUACAUGCGAAAUAACACUACUUAUUUGAAACAUGCAAUAUCGUUACUCAAUACCAACCGCAGAAAGUGGGCGUAGAUUUAGCUGCGCCGAUACCUUUGGAGAAUUGUAGAAUGGGGUACAGCCGAUUAAUUGAAUGAUUUGGGGAGACAUAAUUUCGUCAUAUGUGCGGCCAGCACAUAUAGUUUGCCAGAAUGCUCACCUUCAAAUAAAAGACACCAGACGGAGAGAUAUCGCCUCCGACGUAGAGCAGCUGAGGUAAACCCUUCGUCAAGACCGCCUAAUCAAUCCCGCUCCCGGCAAACACUGAAAACUGGUGCUGAUGUUCAAUCAAUUCGAAGUUUGAGACAGGUCGGAUGUCAGAGCCUAAAACUCGAACAAUGCUCUACUUCUUCGCGCCCAGCCCACGUGUCCCUAGUCGUGUGCUAAGAAUACCUUGACGAGUGAUUUAAAGACCCCCUUAAAAGAUGCAGAAACGAGUUGGUAUUGAAAUUGCUGUCCUCCCAGUUGAGGAGUUUAACCUUUUUGGAACAGCAUUAGAGGAUUGUUUAUGUUCCCUUCAUGGUUUUCUUUGUAGUGGUUUUCUUCUACGGGGAAGAAGUGGACAAUUGGGCUUUUCAAUGAAGAUACUGAGGGCCUUUCUCGGCUGGGUACAUGGCGCCGGUUCUGUUAAAGUCAGGGUAUGCCAGGAGCUCAAAUAUUCCCUGUCAGUAGAGGGACCCGUUGUCUUCUGUUCCAUCCUUUGUGCGUUCUUCAAGGCCUGCAUCCUUGCUUCCUCCGGACGAGCCACUUUCAAUACCAGUCGGUGUAAUUUAACCUAUGACGAUCAUCACUACUCUUUUCCGGACUUACUGUCGUCUUCUGUCUGCAUGCUACUUUGUUUGUCCUGAUUUGACAGCUGAAAUUACAAAAACGUGCACUCCGAGCAGUUUAGUGGGCUACGGCGUGUCAGCAAAUAAAGUUACUUAUUACAGAGAUCCGAAAAACUGGAAAACUGACAUCUGUAAGGGCGGAUAUUUCCGUUAUUAAGACAGAUUCACACUACUGUAUUCCGGAACUAUACCUGUCAAUUAUUAGACGACUGGGAAAAAGACGACGGAAGAACUUGCAUCAACUGUCCUUCAACCAGUUGAGUUCUAAAGAAAAUUUCAAGCUUGGUGACCCCUUUACUGGCGGUUCAGCAAAAUUUCGGCUAAGACAGUCUUGGAUCCUGGCAUCAAAACGGCCGUGUCGUUACCCCUACAUUGUUUACUUCUGCUUGGUGUGACCGCAAUAGUGUCUGGUUUAGUCGACCCAAUGAGGUCGCUGACUGUGCUUUUCCAUGCAAAGAGCCUGGUAAACCCGACCCCCUGUCGUCUCCAUCUGUGAGGGCCGAACAUAGUCAAUCGAAAAGCAGCCUACAUCCUUGAUAGGCUGUUUCGAACCUGAUUUUGAACUGACCCGUUCUUUGUCCCCGCUGAAAAGCUGGCAGCAUCGGCUUUAGGACAGUAGCACUGAACACACGAGGUGGUGGACACGAAGCGCACGUGACCCACCUCGAAUGUCUUUUUUAGAUAGUACAGGAUAAUCCCCCAGUGUCGUCACAGAGAAUGCGAACUCUCUUGUUUGAGACGCAAUCGGCAGAAUUUCCUCUUAGCUUUGGCCAAAAACUUGCACUUUCUGUUUGUCCUCCUUUCUUGGAGUCCAGCAUCCAUGGCCGCUGAACAGGGCUUAUCUAAAGGAUGCCCAGUGGCAGUUGUGAUAGCCUUUGACUCGACGAGGACGUACAAAAACAUCGUAACCCCACCCUUACCCAUCUGGCAACAACUUUGCUCCGAAGUAUUUGAAGCCGCCUACUUUUCAAGCCAAUGAUCGUUAAUCCCGAGAAGGUCCUUCUUCCAGUGUGAGCUGCAGCUUGAAAACAAUGUAACCUUUGCAGCACUGAUGGAUAAAUCGCCAUGAUUUACAAGGCUCAUUCUCUACGACAUGCUAGCUUGACACUAGCCAGGUGAUACCGUGGAGGCCAGACAUCCGCGCCAUGUUGAGAAUAUGACUGCUAAAACGCGUAGAGCCCUUCUACGUACCCAAUCAGUGAUGCAGUCUCCGUCCUCAUAGCAUAUUUAAUGCCUGAAGGUCGUGAAUUCGAGUGCAAGCAGGACUUUUCGGCGUGAAAACUUCUCGUCUCACCCCUUUGGCUGCAUAAUAAAGGGAGGAGGAGGAGGAGGAGGAGGAGGAGGAGGAGACAGAAUGCAACCUUGUAGAACUCCGGCCGAAUAUCGAGUGA